AUGGAGGAGAAACUACUCGAUGAGGUCUGGACUACUUUCUCGACUAAGCUGGCGGGCUUUUGCCUGCCAGAUAACUGGGGGAACCAUAAACUAGAUUUGGUCACCGAUUUGACUUCUUGCUUUCCCACUCGCUCGUCAGAGCCACCUUCCUACGACCAACCUCCGCCUACCUACGACGAUGUGAUCUAUGAUCUACCUCCCGAAUACUCUGCACUGCCUCCACUCGCGCAGCGCAAAUCGACGGCUAUUUUCUUCGCGCCAAGGAUACCUCAAAAAUCGCAUAAAUCGUCAUCUUCGCUGCUGAAAGAUCGUACGCUGGAUGUACGCAUUGAUUUUGAGAAUCCUACCGGUGUUCGGGAACAUAAGAAGAAAAAGCCCGCGGUAGCAAAGAAAGCAGCCCCGCCUCCCUCUCCCCCUCCUCCGCCACCGCCGCCGGCAGGCGGGGCUGAUGGAGGAGACGAUAAUGCCAACGGUGACGGUGGGUCUGGCGAUGCAGGCGGCGCCGGAGGCGGCGAUGAGGGAGAUGGCGGCGGCGACGAUUGGGGCGAUUGGAAUGUGAACGGAAAGAAGGAUAAAAAGAAGAAACUGGAAGAGGAAGAGGAAGAGAGAAAGGCCAAGGAGGAAGAAGAGAAAAAAGCCAAGGAAGAGGAAGAGAGACUAGCCAAGGAGGAGGAAGAACGGCAGGCCGCUGAAGCCUCUGCUGUCAAAGAUCUUAGCUGGGCUGAGGAUAACGGUGGGGGGGAGAAGUUGCACCCCCUGGGGGUUCCAGGACCUCCCAAGACCGGCGGAACAGGGUUUAGUUUCGGAGGAUGGGGCAAAGACUGGAAUACAGGUGGCAAGCUCGAUCCUCUUGGAGACCCUCCUCCCAACGAUGAAUCUAAGGACAACAAUCCUUGGGGAGCAACUUCCAAGAAGACUGGCGACUUCGAUUUCGACUUGGGAUCUGCACCCGCCGAAACCAAGCAAGAAGAUGACUGGGGAGAAGGUUGGGAUGCGAGCAAAGACAAAAAGGGAACGGAACCCGAACUCGAGAUUCCUGCGCCUCCGCCUCCGCCUGCACCCAGAGUCGAUUUUACACAGGAAGCCUGGUAUAUGAAUCUUACCAAGAAAGAGCAGCGUAAAGCGAAGAAGGAGAUGGAGAAGAAAUACAAAGACGAGGAUGAAGCUGCGGCAAAAGCCACAGCAGAGUGGGAAGCAGCCAAGGCUGAAGCCGAGGCGGCGGCGGCGGCGGCAGCAGCAGCAGCAGCAGAAGCGGCAGAGGCAGAGGCAGCAGCAGAGGCAGAGGCAGCGGCAGCGCAGGCGGCUGCAGCUGUACCUGAAUCAGUAGUUGAGGAGACUGAGAAACCACCCGAGGCAGAUACUGACUGGGGUUGGGGUGUUCCAGUGAAGACCAAAGAUAAGAAGAAAAAGAAGAAGAUUGACCUUUUAGCUGAUCCGGAGCCUGUCAUCGAUGAACCGCCGGCGAAACCAACAGAGCCAGUUGAUGCUUUUGCCGCUUGGGGAAUUUCUUCAAAGGACAAGAAGAAAAGCAAAGGCAAAGCUGAGCCAGCACCCGAGCCAGAACCCACCCCGGAACCUGAGCCUGAGCCUGAACCGGAGCCAGAGCCAGAGCCAGAGCCAGAACCAGAACCAGAACCGGUGCCCGAACCUGAACCUGAGGCGCCAAAGGUGCCCGAUGAGCCUCUAUACGAAAAUUGGCGGGAUAUAUCGUCUAAAGAACGCAAGAAGCGAGAGAAACAAUUAAUGCGCAAGGGCCUUCCCAUUCCCGGCAAGGAUUUUGAGCUCCCAUCAGACGAGCCGCCUGAAGAAGUGCCUGAACCGGUUGUUGAACCGGAGCCAGAAGCAGAACCAGUGCCUGAGACAGAACCGGAACCCGAGCCACUACCAGAACCGGAACCGGAACCCGAGCCGGAGCCAGAGAAACCGGCUGAAGACUCUUGGGGCAUUUGGGGACCAACAAAGGACAAGAAAAAGAAGAAGGGCAAGGAUAUUGAAGAACCUCCCCCACGUGCGCCGACACCUCCUGCUCAGGGCUUGACUCCAGAGCCGGAAGCUUUCCAUGACAAUGCCGACGAUAUUUGGGCAGAGCUGGCACCUAAGACAUCUAAGGGCACAAAGAAGACCACGAAAGCCAUCGAACCCCCCAAAGAGGAAAAGGCACCUAAAAGCUUCUGGUCGACCCUGACCGGGGGUUCUACGAGCAAAACCAAAUCAACGAAGAAGGCGAAGGAAGAAAAGGAACCCGAGCCUAUAGAAGAGGAAGACUUGCUUAUCGACGUAGACGACAACCCCCCAGCGCCUGAACCAGAUGCCGAGCCAGAGCCAGAACCAGAGCCAGAGCCGGAACCAGAACCGGUGCCUGAACCUGAACCAGAGCCCCCUGCCCCCGAAAAGUUAUCCAAGUCCAAGGCUUCCAAGCUCAGCGUUGCUGAACGUAUCAAGGCUUUGGAGCAAGCCAAGAAGGAGAAGGCAAAGGCAGAAAAGGCUGGCUUGAAGAGCAAAACCAAGGAAAAGAAGGUUGAACCCGAACUAGAACCUGAGCCAGUGCCGGAGCCGGAGCCAGAGCCUGAACCUCCUGUAGAGGAGCCCGCUCCUACAAAGAAGAGUUCAAAGUCUAAGUCUAAGACAGCGGAAGCUCUUGAGUUCGAAGAUAGGAAAGUCUCCAAGGACUCUGUUCCUGGAAGCUUCCCAGACUUUGGAGAUGAUCCCGAGCCUGAACCCGAACCCGAACCUGAACCUGAGCCGGAGCCUGAGCCGGAGCCGGAGCCGGAGCCUGAACCCGAGCCACUACCAGAGCCGGAACCUGAGCCACCAGCCCCAGAUCUUUCGAAAAUGAGUAAAAAGGAACUCAAGAAGUAUAAAAAGGCCGAAGCCGAGAAAGCCGCUGCCGCAGCUGCUGCGGCGGCUGCCAGAGAGCCAACCCCGCCACCUCCGGAGCCGGAACCAGAGCCAGAGAAUGAGCAUGAGCCAGUGCCAGUGCCUGGACCUGAACCUGAACCUGAACCUGAACCCGAAGCUGAGGCCGACGCCGAGCCCGAGCCUGCACCGGAGCCCACACCCGAGGAACCAGAGGCAAAGGACGAAGCUACACCGGAGCCUGCCGAAGAGCCUCCAAAACCCUCCAAGAAGGAUCGAAAAUCCAAUAAGAAAGAGAGUAAGAUCCAGGAAGAAGCAGAACCUCCAAAGAAAUCAAAGAAGGAAAACAAGAUCCAAGAGGAAGUGAAACCGCCCAAGAAGUUGAAGAAGGAACCCAAAGUCCAAGAGGAGGUCGAAACGCCCAAGAAGUUGAAGAAGGAACCUAAAAUCCAAGAGGAGAUCGAAACUCCCAAGAAAAAAGAAUCUCGAAAAUCUCCACCAAAAGAACCGGAGGCAGAAGUGGAAAGGUCUUCUGCGUCAGACCGGGAGAAGCGGCGAGAACGAGAGGGGCGCUCCUCUAAGAACCAACGUGGCGUGGCCUUGGCCAACAUGGUACUGGGUACACCCCAGUCCAGAAGCAAAUCGACUAGAAAACCUGGCUCUUCGUCGAAACCUGUAUCUAGACGUCCAUCAUUUGAUAUUGAUGAGAAACCUGCUGAUCCAUCACCGGGUGAGAAGCCUGAGGUGUCUGACAAGGCAGCCAAGUUGAUGGGCAUGGAUGCUUCCAAGUCUCGACGUGAGCGCCCGCGCACGGACAGGCGUAAAUCAGUUCGAGAUCCGUAUGCGAUCGAGGAUGAUGAUCUCGUUAUGGUUGAUAUGGAAGAUGCAGAGGGUCAUUCACCUAAAGAGGGCUCCAAGGGCUCAAGGCGCAAGUCAAAGAGACAGCCGCGCCCCAGACCCGACGACGAAGACGAUGCUGUCAUGGUCGAUCCAUAUCAAGCACCUCCCGCCCCAGAUGUAAUGUCCGGACCCGACGAUAUGGCCUUCGUCGAUGCGCCACCAAGAGAACGUCGCCUAAAGCGUUCCAACACCGCACCGCCAAAGAAACAAGAGAGCGGUGGAUUGAUGGGCCUCCUGGAUUCCCUAAGGAAAGGCACACGCCCAGAUCGACCAGAACGCCCCGAGAUGCCGGAAAGACGGAAGUCACGCUCAUAUCGCGAAGAUGACGGAAGAUAUCCGCCCGAAAUGGAGCGGGACGGCCCUCGCAGAUCACGUCGCGAAGAUCGACGCCGAGGAUCUGUCCGACCAGACACCGAUGCUGAAGGGUUCGUUACCGACGCCGCCGGUGUAGCAGCAGGCGGCGAGACAGAAGCCGACGAAGCGGAAGCUCGACGCGCAGCACGCCAGGCGCGCCGUGGAUCCCGGAAGGCACCUUCUGACUCCCGUGAAUCUGAAGCUCGGGAGGCAGAGGAACGGCGCGCGAGGCGGAAAGAACGCGCACGUGAACAGCGUGCUCGUGAAGAAGAAGAACGUCUACGAGAGGAAGAUCGUUUACGAGAAGAAAAGCGGGCUCGACGAGCUGCACGUGAAGAACGUCGUGCUCGGGAAGAGCAGGCGGCUCGUGACGCUGAAGCCGAAGCCGAAGCGGCGGCUGAAGCUAGAGCAGCGGAACGCCGUGAGCGCCGGCGGAUGCGCGAAGAGGAAAUGAUGGCGGCGAGAGCGAGUCGACGUCGUGAACGUGAGCAAAGGGUCCCUGAUGAUUUCUUCCCCGAUGAACGUGAGGUCGACCGUCGUGGGGAUCGUAGCUCCCGCGCGUUUGAAGAGCCCAACGCUCGUCGUCGCAAGUCUAAGGUCGCUCCUGAACCAACUCGGGAACCGCUCAUGACUGGUGGGUUGAAUCGUGGCGGUGGUGCGAAAGACAAGAUUUCCUCUUGGGUUUAUUCGCAAAGUGAUGAACCUCCAGAACCACCAGAAAUCGUUCCCACUCUUAUUGAUCUGCCUCCUCUUGCAGCUGACGACGGAGGGAAUGCUCAUUCUCUUUCGUCGGAUGAAGAAGCUCGUCGCGCUGUUCGCCGUAAGGCCCGUCGUCGUGCUAAGUAUGAGGAAGAGGUUGACGAUCCUCGUUCUCGGCAUCGAGGGUCUCGCCGUGAAGGUGUGAAGAGCAGUUCUGGAAGUGGUGACUAUGAACGUGAUCGUGGGAUGAGGUCCCAACCGGGGAGUCGACAAGGUGCUCCGCCGAGUUCGGGGCCUAAGAAGCCCAGUUGGUUCCGUAAAUUGACGAAUCUGUAA